GACGAUGCUGCCGCGGGUCGGUCGCUGCCGCCCGGCUCCGGCCGCCUGGCUCCGGCUGCUGCUGCUGGCGGCGGCGCUGCCCCGGCCGGCGCUGCCCGAGGUGCUGUUCCGCUGCCCGCCCUGCACCGCCGAGCGCCUGGCCGCCUGCGCCCCGGCCGCCGCCUGCCCCGAGCUGGUGCGGGAGCCCGGCUGCGGCUGCUGCCCGGUGUGCGCCCGCCUGGAGAACCAGUCGUGCGGGGUGUACACGCCGCGCUGCGCCGCCGGGCUCCGCUGCUACCCGCACCCCGGCGCCGAGCUGCCGCUGCAGGCGCUAGUGCAGGGCCAGGGCACCUGCGCCCGGAGACGGGACGCCGCCGAGUACGGGGCCAGCGCCGAGCCGGGCGCAGACAAUGGUGAGGACGAGCCUGAAGAAGUCUUUACGGGGAAUUAUGUGGAUGGCACACCCGGGGUGGUGAGUGGAGGUGGCGGGAGAAAGCCCAUGAAGCCUGGCAUGAAGGAGCUUGCGGUCAUGCGAGAGAAAGCGAAUGAACAGCAGAGACAGAUGGGCAAAGCCAUCAAGCACCACCACAACCAUGAAGAGUUGAAGAAAUUACGGCCAUCAUCCAUGAGGUGCAAGAUGUCUGUGAAUGGGCAGCGAGGAGAGUGCUGGUGUGUGAACCCCAUCACUGGGAAAGUGAUCCAAGGAGCGCCCACCAUUCGCGGAGACCCUGAGUGCCACCUCUUCUACACGGCACAUGAACAGGAGGAGCGGGGAGCACACGCCCUGCGCACGCAAUAGAUGGACGCGUUCCUGCUCACUGGAGACAGCUCAGCCUGGCCCCGGUGCUGGAUUUUACAUGGGUUUCAGCAUGUCUAUUUAUAUUCUGAAAAAGACUGGCUUUGUGCAUUGCCUGUGGCCCUCUUCUCUUGCCUUCAGCCCGCUGGGGAAGGACUGGGGUGCAGGGUGGGUUGCAAGAGGGGAAGGGGCAGAAAUUGCUUUUCUUUGGUCUUUCGUGUAAAGUCAAUGAGAGACAAAGCUUUGUCUUCUGUCGGCUCUGCCCCCACUGCAGCGUACUAGGUAUUCGCGUGCUUCCAGAGUCACCCGCGGCCCACUAGCCCCACCACCGCAACGUGAUAGCGUAGUGCAAGGGAAACAGGGCAUACGCGGGAGGCCCAGGUGAAAGCCAAGCAGCCCUGUUGAAUGUAGAGUCCUGAGCUCCCCGGAUGUCUCCAAAGAGCCUAGGUGAUAAUGCUCAAAACAAGAUGGAUGAAAAUCUCUCUUCCCUCCCCCCCCAAGACCAAAGAAUGUAAAUAAUACACAUCACCUCCUGCUCGAGUCCUGUCAACCUGUCCCGAUUGCCAACCUGCUGUUUCAUGAAGUGGGCUGUGGUGGUGGGGUAGGAAAGGAGGGGAAUUCCUGAAUGUCCCAGAUGGAUCACGCCAGUACACAGCUCCAAUAACCCUCCUCGGGCAAGGCAAGGGAGAGAGAAAGGAAGUGAGAUUGUACAGCCAGCCCCAUGCAUUGCCCCUGGGGCCCUAUCCCCGGAGAGGCGGAGCACUUUCAGUUCUCAGAGACUUCACUGAGAGGGGAUAGUUCUCGGGAUCUCUCAGGACCUGGCCCUGAAUUAUAACCCAAAUCUUAAAGAUCCAGCCCCGGGGUCUGCUGGGCAAUCUCACUUCUUGGGGAUAGGAGCCUUACGGGUAAGGUGGGAAUUAAGGGCCUGAUCCUGAGAGAUGCUGACCACCUGCAAUUUAAUUUAAUUGCAAGUGCUCCGUAUUUCCCAGGAUCAGGCCCUACAUUUUUUUAAUUGAAGAAGCAAGAAUUAAAUUGCAGAGAGAGGAGGGCUCUUGCAGAUUUAGGGUAACAAUCCAGGGAGAGUCAGUCUCUCUCUCUCUCUCUCUCUUUCUAAAUAGCAAAAACCCAUCUAAAACCCGCACUUCCAAGCGGCUGCCAACGUCCCUCAUAUGUUGCAGGGAGCAUCAGCCAUUCAGCACACACCUUUUGUAAGUAAAGUGCAGUAUAUAUAUAGUGCUUUGGAAAGCGCCCCCACGCCCCCCAUGUGCGCGCGCGUGCACACACACAUACACACACACACUCUCUCUCUCUCAUAGAUUUAAUAAACACAAUUCCAGGAACUGUCGGUGAUGUUGCACUGGAAGAUCAGUUCCCACACUUUACUUUACACAUUGAUUUGUUUCUGUAUGAAACACACAGAAGCCAUGAGAUUUUCUUUCAUACCUAUGACAUUUGCAGGACAGUUACUAGGUCCUUACACUUAGAGUAAUCCUUGGAAUUUUUUAAAAAUAUAUUCAACCAGGAAGAUAAGGCAUCUCCAGUGCUCGCAUGUGGAAGUUGGUUCAUUUCUAAGGUGGUGAUUAGUUGAAAGGAAAGGAAUGGGAUUUAAAAGACAGGGCAAAGCAUGUGGACUGCCCAGGGGGAGUUUGACUAGACUGUUGGAGCCAACUAUGGCUCUGCCGGACAGGCACGCUGAAGAUGGACAAGUGCUUUGGAAAAGCUUUCAGGGGGCAGAAUGUCUGCUCGUGGGGAAAUGUGCGGCAGCUCAGUGACUCACUGGGGAAGCAGCCACCAUCCACUGAAGCAUGAGAGUCAUUUUGAGGCGCUCCUGUGUUAUCCCGUAUGCAUCAGGUGCUGCCCAUAGAACUGGGAGAGGGGUUAAAGCUGCACAAAAUUGUUACCAGCUGAAAUGAAAGGAGGGCAUGUGACCUGAACUUCACUCUGCCUAACAAUGUAACACACCUCUGGGCUUAGACUUUCCAUUCACUUCCUUGCUGUAUAGUAGUUGAACUGAAAGCGUGGUUGGCAAAUCCGAGAACACCACUUGGGGUAGGAAAUGAGACCAGGCGUAACAGUUCUUCUUUUGCUCUGUGAAUAUUUGCUGGCCAAUGUAAUGUACUUUUUGUGAGCUAGUUUGCAGUUAGUUACCAGUGCCUUCAAUGGGUAAAUAUCACCUGCACUUGAACACACACACAAAGAUGAUCUUAGUUACCAAUAACAACGGCAGACUCUUCUUAAAUGCAGAUGCAGCACUGUAAUGGACAAAAGCAUCGGGGGGCGCGGGGGGAAUCACACCCAGGUUUAGCGUUGUUAAUAUGAACAGAAAAAAAAAUUCUGGAAAGGAUCAAAAUGUCACAUGGAAACCGCAGUGUCACAAAUGUCUCAGAGAACCCCCAGCAUGGGAGCUGCUCUCUGAAAUUAACCCCCCAACUCAUCCAUCCAUGAGAUGAAAUACGAAGAUUACAAAGGGAGGGGCAGGAGUCAUCUCUUCGGUCUAGUGUGUGUGUGUGUGUGUGUGUGUGUGUGUGCACGCGCGCAAAAUCUAGUCGUAAAAAUUGGUGCUACCUGUUUUCUGUUAACAUCAAAGGGGGGUGGUUCUGCUUUUCACAUAAACCUAGUGAGCAUCUGAUCUUGUCUGCAGUUUGUACCUUUUGUUUUGUUUAGAAAUCAUGAUGCUUUUUUCUUUCUCUUUUGGAAAAGCUGAACUGCAUAAAGUUGGAAUAAAUUAAAGGGUAUGCCAAAAA